AUGAAAGGAAAUUGCUCUGUCGUAAUAGCAUGUGGCGUGAUGAGAGGUGCACGUGUAGUUGGAGGAGGAGCCGUGACCCCUGGAGAGUUUCCAUGGCUUGCUGCUCUGAAAAGAGACGGAAAACUGAUCUGUGGAGCCACUGUGGUUGCCCGAGAUCACCUGAUCACUGCUACCCAUUGUAUUUAUGAAGUUGAAGCAUCACGGCUAACUGUCCUAGUUGGAGAGUACGAUGUGAACAAUACUCGAUCAGAUGGUUUCCAAGUGUCUCACGUAUUCCAGCACCCAGACUUCAAUAGAUAUACAUACGACAACGAUAUCGCUGUUCUUCGACUAGCUGAGCCAUUACCAGACAAGCUUUACAGACCUGCUUGUUUACCCGAUGAUGACGACUAUCUAGAUGGUGGCGACGCCAUAGUCUCCGGUUGGGGCAGCACAGUUGAAAAGGGUCCACCUUCUAACAUACCUAUGAAGGCGGAAGUACAAAUAUGGACGCAAGAGGAAUGCACAAAUGCCGGUUACGGUCGUAGAAAAGUAACGCCAAGAAUGAUAUGCGCAAACGCACCCGAUCGUGAUUCUUGUACUGGAGACUCCGGUGGGCCAUUGUUAAUGGCUCAACCGCACUUUACUCUUGUUGGUAUCGUUUCGUGGGGCCGUGGCUGUGCAAGACAAGGUUACCCUGGCGUUUAUGCGCGUGUAGACCGUUUCAUGCCGUGGUUGAAAGUUGCUCUAAGACAUGCAUGCUUAUGUCAACCACCAUUUUAG